UCUCACGGCUAACGUACAAAGCACACUUUCAUAACUGCAGCUAAAAGAAGAACAUUUUAUACUUUCUCACUACUCAACCAAGCUGAAGUUUCUACCAUACCAAAACUACUCGUUAAAACCUUCUACAUUUGAAAAUGGAAGGCAGUAGGACCCUGAUAGCUUUUUUUUUUUUUUUUAACUUGACCACAAGUAGCUGUCAGUAACAACUUCCGCUUAAGACUUUUACAUUUUUUUUUUCUAUCGUGAGAUGCUAGGAAACCACACGGUACGCCUGUGCUUGGUGGUCUUGUUAACCAUUAUGUCUACAUAAUAUGGCCAUUUUCAUUGCUGGCCUCUUAAGAUGGAUCAGAGAGAGGUACUACUCCGUUAUAUUCAAGGAUUUCAGAAAAAAAAAGAGAAGCCAGAUGAUUUUGCUAGUGAUUUCAUGAAUCUAAAGAGACAGUCUGCAAAGCAUAAGACAGAUCACAAUUAUUCUACCAAGACUGCAGAACAACCUGAGAACUUCAAGAAAAACCGAUAUAAAGACAUACUUCCAUUUGACCACAGCCGAGUGGAACUAUCACUGAUAACGUCAGAUGAAGAUUCGGAUUACAUCAAUGCCAAUUUUAUCAAGGGAGUGUAUUACCCUAAAGCAUACAUUGCCACUCAAGGUCCCUUGCCGGGUACUGUAAUUGACUUCUGGAGGAUGAUCUGGGAAUAUAAGGUUGAGGUAAUAGUCAUGGCUUGUAUGGAAUUUGAAAUGGGGAAGAAAAAGUGUGAACGGUACUGGGUAGAGGUGGGAUCUGAAAUGUUAAAGUUUGGACCAUUCUCCAUUCAAUGUAGUGACGACAAGAAAAAGACAGACUACGUCAUCAGGACUCUAUUAGUCACAUUCCAAAAAGAAAUAAGAAUAGUUUACCAGUUUCAUUAUAAGAAUUGGCCCGAUCAUGAUGUACCCUCUUCUGUUGAACACAUUCUGGAUUUGAUGACUGAAAUACGACUCAUUCAGCAAGAUGACAGUCCCCCAAUAUGUAUCCACUGCAGUGCUGGGUGUGGAAGGACCGGAGUUCUUUGUGCAAUAGAUUAUAUCUGGAGACUUCUAAAAGAUAAGAUUAUACCAAUGAACUUUAGUAUAUAUGGCAUCAUACAUGAAAUGAGAACUCAGAGAUCUUCAUUGGUCCAGACUAAGGAACAAUAUGAGCUUGUCUACAAUGCAGUGAUCCAACUAUUCAAGAAAGAACUUGAGAGGCUAGAUGAUGCACACAUCUAUGCACAGCAAGAAGUACAGAGAGCUCAUCUUCCAAAUUCAUCGCAGACUGUUCCCUCAAAUAAUAGAACGAACCCUUCGUACAUUUUUGCAGAAAAGGAGAGAGUUUCACAGCCUUUUUGUAACGAUGCAGUACAAGAAGACAUUUUCCAAUUUACUUCAGAAUUCUCCAACCCAAUAAUACAAUCUAACAAUGGAUUAGAAACUGUAUCACCAUCAAGUAAUGAGACUUGCAGAACCAUCAACCAGCCAUCUAAUUCAGUGAGGUUAUUGGAUGAUGGACCUCAUCCUUUGCCAAGGAUUGGAUCAUGCAAGCAACAAAUAACACAUUCUAGACCAAUCACCUCUAACGAACUCCAGCCAAAGUCAAAAGCUGAAGAUAGAAAAAGAUACAGCAGUCAUAUACCAUUACUAAGAACAAAAUCUACACCAUUUGAGCUAAUGCAACACAGACAUUCUCUAACACCACAACAAGCCACUGAAAUGUCAUAUGUGGACAGUGAUUUAUCUAAAAAUGCAAUGAGUCAUUUCAGUGAGAACAGUCAUCUUUGGCAAAACAGUGGUCCAGCCAUCACUGGCUCUCUUGGUAAUAUCUCUACUGUCCCCUAUAGUCAAGCUUAUGUCCGUUUAACUGAAGAUCCAUAUUUCUCCCCAUCCCCUUCUUCUGAUCUUGGUUCACCAAAAUUUGCAGGUUUCUGUGCAGAAGCCACAUACCACGAUGCAACAAAACAGCCGCUUGAUAAUAAACUAAGCAAAGAAUUGCCACCAUUAUGUUCCCCCACGAUAAUCAUAAAUUCCGGCCAAGAGAUGGGAUCUGGAUUGGAAUUAUCUGCCACAACUUGCAAAGAAAGGUCUUCAAACACUGAUGAAGAGGGCCCUCCUCCUUUGCCUAAACGCACACCAGAAUCCUUUAUUGUAACUAAUGAACCCGCUUUAGAAUUGCCACUGGUGAUACCUCCCAAACCUGAACUUCUCUCAAGUGGGAAAAUCGGAACUUCGUUGGAAUGGGGAGGUGUGUCCCAGAAUAAAGUUGAUGACUUUAAACAAAUGAUGCGCAGCAAGAGUGUGAAAGUCAGGAGUAUCAGAAUGGAAAAAACAUGUGAUAAAUCCCCUUCUCCACCUCCAAUUCCUGAAAGAACUGAAGAAUCUUUCAUCAUUGCUAGUGAAGCUUCUGUUACAGAAAAAACAUGUGAUAAAUCCCCUUCUCCACCUCCAAUUCCUGAAAGAACUGAAGAAUCUUUCAUCAUUGCUAGUGAAGCUUCUGAACUGCAGAGUUGUAUCUCAGCAACACCCAGUCCUUCCCCUGCCAUGGAUACAGAAUCCAGUGAAUUGCUGGCACCACCAGAACCUGAAAAACAGUUCACUAGAAAAAAGAGCCUAAGACUUUUACGAAAUGCUAAAACAAAUACGUGCACAUCUGCAAAAUCAUCAGAAGCUCCUCAAGCCAGCAAAAUGCUUUCUUUUCUCCAUUUUGGUUUUGGGAAAAGAUUUGCAAAACCGAAAGGUCCCAGAAACCCUCCGGCAACAUGGAAUUUAUAAUAAGUUUGGUAUCGCAAAUCAAAAGAGUACUGUACAACUUUCUUAACAAACCCAUAGGUUCUGCUGUAUUCGGA